CCUUCCUUUCAUGGCAGCUAGCACUGCAUGGUGAAAAACCAGCUUUCUUUUGUCUUCACUAUAUCUGUGUCAAUGCGAAAUGGAUGGCUAUCAAUUUUACAGGAGGAAGAAUGGUGACACCAUCCUUCAUUGUGCCAUUGCUGGGGACUAGUACUUCGGACUCACUCCUCUCCAUCUACGUACUGGCGAGCAAGCCUUCAGCUUUUAGAAGCGGUAGCCACCUUGAAGGAUACUACAAAAUCGUCAUGCAUUUAUCACUCUCAAUUCUUUGCCAAACAUUAAUGGAAGAUAUUUCGAGUAGUACGAGCGAAGACCAAUCGACUUAUAAUCAGGAAAGGCAGGACAUCAAGAGCAAGUUGUUCAGAAUGGCAAUGGAAGGCAAAUGGGAUGAAGUUGCCAAGCAGUAUGUACAAGAUGAAUGGGCUCAAACGGCCAAAAUCACCAAUUUAGGAGACACAGCAUUACACAUAGCUGUCUCCAUUGGCAUAGAAGAUAACGUCAGACAACUUAUACAAUCAAUUUGGGAUCCAUCCCGACUCAGACAGGUUCUUGAGACUCGGAACGACCGAGGGAAUACUCCGCUCCAUUCAGCAGCAUCAAUGGGGAAUGUUGCCAUGUGUCAAUGCAUUGCAACAGUUUAUCCAGAGUUGGUGGCUGCUACUAAUAAUAACCAGGAGACCCCUCUUUUCAUGGCAGCACUGCAUGGUGAAAAACAAGCGGGUUGAAAAAAUCUUUUGGCGGGAACCAGAUGAUAACCAGCUAAUGCGAUCAAGAGAUAGUCCAGGGAACAAAAAGACUCCGGCUUAUCCAGAGAACUACAGAACCUGCUACGAAUUGUUCAAAUUGUUGCGGAAAAUGGUUCUAGUUGUCACAGGCAUAAAUAGAGGAAAAACAGAUGCGGAGAACACUGAAGUACCAAAGGCAAGAAGACAUGGCCGAACUGAUGAGUUAUUUCCAGCUAAUUAUAGCACCUGCAUUGAAUUUGUCAAGCUUGCGAACAAGGCAUUGCUGAGGUUUCUUGGAUUAGGACUCGCCGCAAUAACAGAGAUAGAGAGCGACAAAAAGAAGCACAAAUGGGCCGUUCAAAUCUUGAACGAACUUCUAGUACUUCAUUCCACAUAUGAAGAUCAUGCGCGCGAGUCUGCACAAUCCCGAACAAAGGAAUUAGAUGAAACAAUGCCUUACGAUCUUCACGAAUCCGGUAGUGAAAUUCCGCCCACUGAUUCUAUAAAAGCUACGGAAAUUGACGGGAUGGAGAAAACCCCUAAAACGGCGAAGACGAUCUUAUUAUUAAUUGAUUCUAAAAAUGGCAUCAACGAUAUUGUGAAGAAAGUACAACAACUUUUUCCGAUUUCCAUACAAGAUAGGAAUGCUGAGAACAAGAAUCUAAUGAUGCUCGUAGAUCAGCCUCAGGAUAAACCUCCUGAAAUGCCAGAGAAAGAGACUCCAAUAUUACUUGCAGCCAAGAAUGGUAUCACUGAAAUUGUGGAAAGAAUCCUAGAUGUCUGUCCAAUUGCCAUUAAUGACGUGAAUGCAGAUAAUAAGAACAUAGUAUUGUUGGCGGUCGAGUACAGGCAACCAAAGGUACUAUAUGAACUCUUGCGACGACGAAAUAUCUCGAAAGAGAGCAUGUUUCGACAAUUGGAUAAGGAAGGGAAUGGUGCCCUGCAUCUUGCGGCAACGCUUGGAGACAAACAGCCGUGGCGAAUCCCCGGGGCAGCAUUGCAAAUGCAAUGGGAAAACAAGUGGUAUGAGUAUGUCAGGGAUUCCAUGCGCCGCAACUUUUUCCCCCUCUACAACAAGGAGGGCAAGACCCCAAGCGACUUGUUCACUGAAACCCACAAAGACCUUGUAAAGAAUGGUAGCAAGUGGCUAACAAGCACUUCUCAAUCCUGUUCCGUCGUAGCUGCACUCAUCGCCACAGUGGCCUUUACUGCCUCCACCACGGUCCCCGGAGGCUUCGAUAGUACUGGCAUUCCAGCGCUCGAAAACAAGCCUGGUUUUGACCUCUUCGCGGUCUCAUCACUCGUUGCUCUCUGCUUCUCGAUCACGGCCUUAGUCAUGUUCCUCGCCAUCUUAACAUCACGAUACCAAGAGAGAGAUUUUGGCAGGAACUUACCUAGGAAACUCUUGCUGGGUUUAACAUCUUUGUUCGUGUCCAUAGCCGCGAUGCUAAUUUCAUUUUGUGGGGGCCAUUUCUAUGUCCUGCAGGACCAGCUAAAAUUUGCGGCGAUUCCAGUGUAUGCAGUGACAUGCCUACCUGUAACCUUUUUUGCUAUGGCGCAGUUUCCUCUUUAUAUUGAUCUUUUACGGGCUACCGUAUCGAAGGUGCCACAACGCAGCCACAAGGUGGAUCCCUGACAUUUUUAGUUCCAGUUGUGUGCGGAUGCUACAUCUCGAUCUACUUCCGUGGCGGAACCAGCAAUUGUUUAGAGGGUGCCAA